AUGGCCGCCGACGAUGACACGAAACCAUCCAAGCAGCAACUCAGCCUGCUCCAGCACCACCACGGAAUCAAACACGACCUCGCAUGGCCCGGACCGAGAACACCGACGAUCGUACUCGACCAGGUCCUACUCCCACUCAGCCCGACCGACGACCCCUUGAUACUCAAAGUCUCCCCGCGUCAUCCGGGCCACUACUACUCUGCAAGCCCAUCCUACCGACAGAAAACGGCCACACAGAUCACUCACCAGCCAGACCAUCGCCCAUCAGCCGCCACAACACGCACAUCUGGAUCGGACACCAUCCAGCACCACCGGCUCAUCGAAAUCUCCAAUCAGGACCCAUUAACACGAAGGAACCGCUCCAUGGCCAGUCCAGCCACGCCCCCCAAACCAAGAAUAUGGGACGAAGACAAUGCAUUCCACGCGUUCCAGGUUGAACAUGCCAAGCUGGGCGUCGAUCUGACGAUCUCCCGGGACGAAUCGCCAGCAGAGACGAGCGACGCCCAGCGAACGAGGGCCAACGGACAAAAGAAGCACAAGGUAUCGAUGGGCCAUGUGGAGAUCGUGAUGAGCGAGCUGGAUAAGGCCAGGUUCAAGACCCAACAGAGUCGGAAUCGCUUCCAAGUUCGAUACUCGAGCGAUGGCUAUCGUAACUUGGAGAUCGAAGAAACCCAGCAAAACGGAUCAUCUCCUUCUCCUUCCCCUGGCCCCCUAGAACAACAGAGUCCAGAUCCGCAAGAACACGACGCGCUUCCAGACUCUGGAUCUGCUAGCUCACACGAGCAUUUUAGGACGAGAUGUAGAUCACCUAUCAUCCGGCAUCAGUCUCACGAAUCUAUAUCCAGCUCAUCGAGCAAAGAGCAACCACAUUCACCGGCCAACCAUGAACCCGAACAACAGACCGAAAGAAGAUCCCCCUACGAGGCUGUCGAGCGAGAAGAAUUCACAUCUAGCUCAUCAAGCAAAGAACAAUCUGGCUCGCCGUCCAACCAUGAGGCAGAACAGGUCGAAAGAGGAUCAUCUUACGAAGCUGCUAAGCCAGAAUAUAGCUCGCCUCGCCUGUCCACUGAGAACCGCAUCUUCAGCUCACCAAGUAGGCGAGCCCCAAGCUCACCGGCAGCAGAUGAGAGCGAAGAGGAAGCAAGAUAUAAAACCACUAAUCAAGAAGAGUUCUCGCCUGAACUACUUGCCGAGAGUCGACUCGAGACGCCGUUUCCGGCGGAUGACCAUCCCUCACACCUGGAAAACGGCCCAUCCAACCUUGUACCCACAAGCACCCUCCCUGAUCUGGCCCCUGUACCUUUCAUUACUCGUAUCAGCCCCGGGGGGUUCCUGCGCGAAUCUGAAGAACGGCAGAGCCACGCAUCUCCUAUCGACCAAGACGCGUCUCGCAUCGAUCAAGGAGGGUUUCUUCGCGAAUCUGAAGAACGGGAGAGCCACGCGUCUCCUAUCGACCAAGAUGCGACUUGCACCGAUCAACGCGUGUCUCGUAUCAACCAAGCCGCGUCUUAUAUCACCCAAGAUGAGCCCCGUACUGAGCAAGGCGUGUCUUACAUGAGCCCAGACGUCUCUAGAGACGGCAGGGAUGUGACGCGCAAUCCGAUCUCAUCACAACCUCAGGUACCUGGAGUGAUGGAUUCCGACAGUGAUCGAGGCGGGCGGUCUGAUGAGGAGAUUGCGUCGCGCUUAUGCUCGGUCGAAAGCGGGUAUGAUCUCCCAGAUGACCGUCAUGAAGAGUCUGUUCGGCCGCCCAGUCCGGCCCACCGAUCAUCUCCAGACAUAGCCGAGAACAGCCAGACCAAUCCGAUCCCAAUCUCCUCGUCGGCCUCUCCCUCGGUUGAUCUGCCAUCCUGCUUGCCUCAAAGCCCUCACCGUCCACACUCGCUGAGAUCCACCGCAGAACUUACUGAUUCCGAGCGUUCAGAUCUUCAAAGUGAGAACGAAGAUGACGACUGUUCACGGGAUUCGAAAGUUUCACACAGAGACUCGCAGCGAUCUGAGCGCCAUUCUUCUGGCGGUCUAGACUGGCGGGCGGAGCAGAGCCAAGAUGAAGAACGCGAGCGAUCCUCGCCUCCGGUAAUCAAUCAUUCUUCCCAUCGACCCGAAAGCAGCACCUCGGGAUCCCCAGAAAUCAGCCGUCUUCCAAGAUCCGAAAGUCUUCCUUCAGAAAGUCAAGAUGUUGAUCAGUCGGUUAGUCUUGAUGACCUCACCAUGUUCAAAGCCCAGGGCAAUUUAAAACAUUUCACCUCGACCCCCCGGGGAGUCUUACACCAUCCUGUGCCUUUCCCUGCCGUAAGAAGCCUGACAGCCGGACGGGCACCUUCGAACAUUCCCGGACCAUCAGCAAGUCCGAUUGUUGAAAUCGUGUCAUCAGAUCCCAAGGUAGCCGCCAGAGCAGCCGCCAUCCUCAAAGUCCAUCACGGCUUCAUUCCCAGGGGCUGUAAGGUCGAGAAUACCGGCUUGAUCGGCGAUGAUGACUUGGAGAGAGAGAUGGAACUAAGCAUUCAAAGGGAAGAGGCCGAUCGGUCACUCCGUCUCCACGCUUCAUCUACUACUACUUCCUCUGCUCACCCUAGCCUAUUGAGGACUGUUCAAGCUAAAAGCAUGCUCCAUCAGCGUCGGACGGAUUCCUCGCACGCUUCGACUAACAAUCUUUCCACUGAGACCGAACGACAAGAAACACCCGAACCCCAUCAUCAUUCAGGACCUGGCCCGAGUUCAGUACCAAGCACAACCCGACAAAGUAGCUCGAGACGGAUGAUGCAUCACAGCUAUUCCAAGAGCUUGAAGGAAGAACUGCAGCAGCUGAAUUACCGACCGAACAUGCUCUCAUGGAGCCAAGCCGAUUGGAAGAUCCUCGAGUUCUGCUUCAAGAGAAUCGAGCGCAAACAGCCCCUCGAAGACUCUGUCAAGCCAGAAGAUGUCGUCUUGAAGAUGCUAGAGGCCUUGGACCUCAGUCCUCACGACUGUCAAUCCGAAUGGGAGUGGACAAAGAUGAUUCAUCGAGUGAUUGCGCUACAGAAACGCAGAUCGCUGGAUCCUUCCAGACGGAGUCGAGGCUCGUCAGCGACGACGCCAACCUCACAUCGGCCGAUGGUCACCCGACCGCGCAGUGACCUCAGUCGCCACCAGUCGGGCGCCUCGGGCUCGUCUUCGGGGAUACUCAGUGGGGGGCCCGCUGUGCCCAGCUCUGUUAAGGAGGAAGAGGAUGUUCCACGGGAAGAGGUGCGGGGGGUGUAUCCGUCGCUGGAGCCCGUCCGCCGGGCGUUCUCUCGCAGCCGGUCCAGCACGCCUCUCCCGCCUUGUCCAAAAGACAGGCCUGGCGAGACCGGUGGCGCCCAUAGUGUGUCCCCAGCGCCCUCCAAACACCACCCUUCGAUCCCCCAAGCGCCCCCCAUCUCCGCCCGCUUCCGCCGCCAAUCCCUCCGGAACAUCGUCGCUUAUUGGAGGGCUCGGGGCCCCCGGAGAGUCGGUAAGGGCAAGAUCUGGACGGUCGUCGCCGCGUUCGAGGCCCGUUUCGAUGCCCUCGCUGCCUCCCUCUUGCCUCCCCCCAGCAUUCUCAUUACACCCGAUACCGACCGGCCAUCUUCUUCUCGGCCCAACAAACGUGGCCUCGAUAGCUCUGCUCACACUAUCAACCCGUCCUCUGCCUCGACCACUACAACUACUACAACUACUUGUUCUUCUUCUAACACUAAUACUAUGUUCCAUCCCUCCUUCGUCAACGACUUCUAUUCCGAACACUCUCAUCUUCUUCCCACUGCACCCACUCCGCGUUCUUGGAAAAAACAGCGCAAAACAUGA